AUGAGACAAAUGUAUUUUUUCCUUUUUCAGGGUGAUAAAGAUUUGACUUCUUACUGCGAAGACAUUUUUAGUAAAAAAGACGCUGAAUCUACUCCAUUUAUGACAACAGGAAUUGAGUUUCUUAUAGAAAAACUUGAAAAACUCGAUGAAUUCAAGAAAUUCGUGCCACAUCUUAAAAAUGUUGAAAAAGAUAAUUUGAAAAAAUGCAUUGCUUCAGCCAAAUCGUAUAGAAGCGAAUCACCAAAAGGUAUAUUCGUUCUAAAUCAUGGAGAUUUUCAUGUGAAAAAUAUUAUGACAAAACGAAAUAAAAAUGAAGAACUUGAAGAUGUUAUGCUUUUUGAUUUUCAAAUGUGUUCAUUUGGACCAGCAAUAUUGGAUGUUAUGUAUGGAAUUUAUAUGCUCUGUGAUCCAUCCAUAUGCAUAAAUAAUUUUGACGAGAUUAUGUAUUUUUACUCUUCGAAUUUUAUUGAUACUUUGAAAGAAUUAAAAUUUGAAGGUGAAAUACCAAACAUUUCUGAUUUCUAUAUUGAAUUGUAUCGUCAUCGUCAUUUUGCAUUAUUUUUAAUAGCUUCCUUUGCGCCAAUGUGGUAUGCGCUUUUUGAUAAACAAAUUGAAAAUAUGAAUGAUGUUAUCGAUUCCGAUGAAGAACGAAAGAAAAUGUAUGGUAAUUUGAAUUAUUUGAGGGAUCUCAAACCGAUCUUGCAAAGCAUGUUCUACAGAGGAUAUUUAGAAUAAAUUUUUUAAUUGUAACAAUAGAUGAAUAU